AUGAAAUCGCUCUCUGCUGUUGGUAACGGUUUGGAAUGUCAGGAGCUGCUGGCGAGUCUGAAUUACUGGGUGACGUUUGAUGGACAUUCAUUCAAUCUUGUGGAGCUGUACAAGGCGCGGAGUGCCCUCCAAGACGAGAAGGAGGAGCCGGCCAUCACAGCGGUGCUCAUGUCGACUUUGGAAAAGAUGAAGGGCAUAGAGAAUGAUUAUACCCUCUGGGUCCGUCAAAGGGGCCGCAGUGAUGGGCACCAGUCGGCCGAGCAGCAGCAGUUGGCCGAGGAGCAACAGUCGACGGAGGUACAGCCGACCGAGUCGAAGGAGGCGGAGCAGCAGAAGGAGCAGCAUAAGGAGGUGGAGCAGAAGGAGGCGGAGCAGAGGGAGGCAGCGGGGAAGCGUUUGGAGGCGAGGUUGGCCAGUGACCAAGAUUUCCAAGUCGAGGUGCUGAAGCCGUUGGCGCAAUUGUUUAUGGCGGCUCAAUUCUCAAUUCAGACCCGCGGUAAGGGUUCUCAGAAGGAGGGUUCUCAGAAGGAGGGUUCUCAGAAGGAGGGUUCUCAGAAGGAGGGUUCUCAGAAGGAGGUCCGAGGGUUCCCAGGAUUGUCGGAGAAGGACGUGGAGACCAUUAACCAGUGGAAUUGUGACUACGCGUCUGCCUUCUCUAGCGCCAAGACGGCCAGCGGCAACUUAGCUACGGAAUUGGUCUGUAGCUCCAUGGACGAACUGGUAGCUGUAUUUUCUACCGCAGAGGUCUCCAUCGAUAAGGGCGCCCUUAUCAUGCCCGGCACACCGACAACCUCCUCCAUGACCGCAAAUACCAGUAUACUCACCGGCGCUGGCAAGUCCCAAAGCUCCUGGAGAGCUGCUCAACAAUUCAUACCUCAGCUCCCAAAAGCCGCCAACAACCCCUUUGCCCAACCACGGACACUCCGCGGUCGUGAACCUCGUGCCCGCGCUGCCUGA